UGAAGCUUAAGUUCCCACCGGUUCUUCCUCCUCCCACAGUCACUGCUGCUGCUUCUUCAGCCUUGCUGCAUACACCAUGCAGCCCCCUCACCUCCUCCUCUUCCUCUUUCUCUUGAUCCUCCUCCCUGGGAUGUGGGCAGACCCAGAGGCAGAGCCACAGGUUAUCCAGUACCUCCUGACUAGCCUCUUUGCCAACAUCAGCUCUGCUGAGGUGUCGUGUGUGGCACUCGUAGGGGACAUAGCCAUCUUAACACUGGAUCCGGCCAACUGGAGCAUCCACUUCCACUGGCCCUGGGUCAGCCAGGCUGCAGCUGAAGGAGACGGGGAAAAGAUAAUGUCCCAGUACAAAAUCGCUCUGCGCAAUAUGAUCCGAUUUGUGCACGACACAGUUCAGCAGACAAAACAGCACUACCCCUUGGUGGUUCAGUUCCGUGCAGGCUGUGUGCUGUACCCCAAUACAACGAGCCAGGGCUUCCUGAAUGUUGGCUGGGAUGGCAGAGACCUCAUAGCUUUUGAGGUAGAUAAACAGGGCUGGGAGGCCCAGCAGCCAUCCCAGGUGGCAGAGCUGGUCAGCAAGAGCCUCAACAGGCAGAAGUCUCUCAGAAUACUCCUGGAACACCUUCUCUCUAUCUGGGUAUGCCAGAGUAACUUCCUCACCCUGAAGAGGUAUGGGAAGGAAAUUCUCGAGAGACAAGAGCUGCCUGUGGCCACGGUCUUCGCCCGCACCGCCAGCCUAGACCAGCUGCUGCUUGUUUGCCAUGUCACUGGCUUCUAUCCCCGUCCCAUCAGUGUGGCCUGGCUGCAGGAUGGCCAGGAGGUGCCUCUGGGCUCAACACUCAACACCAGCACCAUCCUGCCUAACGCUGACCUCACCUACCAGCUCCGCAGCGUCCUGGCUGUGGCCCCUCGUGAUGGGCACAGCUAUGUCUGCCGUGUGCGCCACCACAGCCUCGGCACCCGCAGCCUUCUCAUCCCAUGGGAAAACCGCAGCACAGCUCCAACCAUCAGCAUCACCAUUGCAGUGCUGCUUCUUGUGUCCACAGCCUUUGCUGGGGCAUUUUGGUGGUGGAAGCGCAGGAACGAGCUGCUCCAGUGUGGAUUCCCCUCAGGGUCACAAGUUCUGCCAGGAAACUGCUCCAGCACAGAGGCUCCUUAGGGUCACAGUCUCUCUCAGGCACACCCACCUUCUAUGGCAUUGGAGUCCUCCAAACGCUGCAGGUAGAUCUCUGCAGGUGUGGACCUUCAUGGGCUGCUGCAGAACAGCUGCUUCCCCAAGGUCUUCACCGCAGGCUGCUUGGUCACUAUCUGUGCUCAGUUGCCUGGAGACAGCAGGGUCCCUGCCGGACAGAUCCCGAGCGAGCUGCCAAUGGUGACCCGGACUGCACCUGACGUCACCUGGUGCCCGGUAGAUCCCCGGCGCCUCUGCCCCGCCCGCCUCACGCUUCCAUUGGCUAUGCCACGGCCUGUUCGCCAAUGCCAUUCGUGCUCCUCCUACGUCACUGGUCACCGGGCGAGCGUGGGACAAGCGUGGCCAGGUGGUGGGGUUGACCCGGACCCCCGGUCGUUGCCCUCGGCCCCAUCCAAACCUGGGCCUGCGCUUCCAAGCACUCGCUGUGGCUUCCCGCCGAUUCCGCAUGUCCCCGGAUCCAGGCCUCAGAUCACCCCCAGCACCGAAGAGCCGGGGAUGAGCCCAAGGCGUUUCUUGUCUCAGCUCCAGAUUUCAGGAUAAAGGCAAAAAGCCUUUUAGGCUUUUGGAAGGAAGAUGUUUGCAAUUGUCAGGCCUGCUUAAAAACCCAAAGCCAUGCUCCAUCGCCUGUCUUGGGGAGCCAGAGAGACAUGACAUGGUGAAAUAAUCCAACCAUUUGGUCCAGAAUGAUUAGAGCACUGUGGACCUCAUUGUCAUGACAUUGUUUCCCUCUUUCUCUCUUUCUGUAUGCACCUACCUAGGUGUAUGAAUACAAAGCAUGUGUAUAAAACUGCUGAAAAUUUAAACUUACAAAUUUCAUACCAAAGCAAUAAAAUCUCCCAGUUUGGGUGGGUUAUCCUACAAUUUCCACUUCUUUUGAGAAACAUUUCUUGCUAGUGGAUAUGCCAGUGUGAAAAAUGCGUAUUUUAUGAUUGGCUUUUCGCAAAUAUUAAAAUGAAUAUUAUAUGUGUUGUGUUAGAAA